CUCUCUCUCUCUCUCUCUCUCUCUCUCUCUCUCUCUCUCUCUCUCUCUCUCUCUCUCUCUCUCUCCAGGCACUCUAAUCAGGACCACUGUUUUCCUCUGCUACACGCUGGUCUACAGUUUUGUUUUUUGUGUGUUUUAUUUGGAGACUGAAUGGAGAUUGAAUUUGGACUAAGUUUCCUCGUUUUUUCAAGAAAUUGCCCGUGGACUCGUCAAUAGGAGCUGUAACUGAGAAGGACAGCUGUUUGGUCGCAGUUUAUACACCAGGCUGUUUUCCUGACUUCCACCAACUGUGUGCUGAAAACUCCAGACCUCCAUGACCUUGAGUGGGGAGUAUCGGGCCUACCUGGAUGUCUAACCUUAACCCACACACGUGCGCACACAUCCACAAGCAGACAGAGACAGGAGAACAGAGGAGACUCACACUUGUACCCCCACUUCAUCACUGGAGACCAUCAGGAAACACGAGACGCAUCCACAAAACCAAAAAGGAAACAUAUGAGUGGACGUCUCUGGCCUGACUGACAGGGAUCAAAGCCACACACCAGAGGACAUCACGUCUCUAAGGCCCAGUGAGACGUGCUGGAGAAAUUCAGUGUGAGCAGGCUGUUUUCCUGCCUUCCACCAACUGUGUGCUGAGAGCUCCAGACCUCCAUGACCUUGAGUGGGGAGACUUCAUCACUGGAGACCAUCAGGAAACACAAGACGGUGGGGGGAUUUCUACCAUGUGAUGGACAGCAAUGAAUUUGAAUAUUUCUUCAAUGUAAAUUUCAAAGGUGGAAAAAAUAGAGGAUGGAUUUCAGCAAGCUAUGGCAGCUGCGCAUCAUGUAUGCAAUGAGAUCUUCAACUGAUAAAGAUCCAUUCUAUCACUGCAAAAAAAUAGGACUAGAUUUUAAUGCAGCAUCCGAAAGAAAGCAAAAACUAGAUUUACAGUUGUUGACCAAUGGGAUUGUGUGUGAAGUGUAUGACUUUGCUAAUUUGGUAAACAAAAGUAAAAGACAGUUCAUCAUUGAUGUCUUGGAGAACAAUUUUGAUAUUGGACUGGAGAGCAAACAACAGCGAAGUGAUUUUUGUACCAGAACUCUAGCUAAAGUAAAGCAAUUAAUGAAAAGACCAUGGAUAGACAAACAUGAGCUUUUCAGCCUUCCUGACACAUCAUCCAUGGCAGGGCAUAACCACGGCUCUCUGACUCAAAUGUCUAAUCCAAAAUCUUCAGAUAUCUACAACGCUGAUUGGAGUCUGGCAACUGCUGAACAUGAUACUGCUGAGAGCGUCCCCAGGGAGCUGGACAGACUCUGUGCUGCUGAAGCUGAACAAGGAGAUGAAGACAUAACUCCACGUAUGGCAUCAACAGAAGAAUCAAAAGAAGAUGUUUUCCCCCACUCUUACCCAUUCUGUAAAGAAAUUGGUCUCAACCUUGGCUAUGGAUCGAAGCAAACUCUAGACAUGGGUUUGUUGAAAAAUGGUGUGAUGCUAGAAAUAGAGCAUUUUGCCAGAAUAUUGUGUGGAUUCAGCAGAGAAAUUACUCUUAAUGUGUUGGAGCAUAAUUUUGAACUUGAUUUUACAAGUCUGGAUGCUAGAGAUGAAGCAUUUAGGAUCUUGAACCGCCUUCUGGCAAAGAAAGCACAUAUUAAGAAGAGUAAAGGAGCAAAGACCAGUGUGCUUGAAAUGAAGUUUUUUUCAUCUCAUGUAAAUCCGUUUAAAAGAAAAAGAGACCAAACAUUACCCAGUAACACAGAAAACAUUGAAGGUCCUGCACCAAAAUAUCACCGCAAGGAAGUAAUGAAAAGAAGGCAGUAUGACGUAAAGAGUAAGCAGACAAAAAACAUGGCCUCGAAUGGGGCUGAUGUGCCUACCAGUCACACUGCACUGUGGGACCAGGGUCUGGGUGAUGUACAUUCUUAUAUGUGUCCACUAGAAGACUCUGACCUGGAGUCAGAUGAUGCUACAGACUCAAAAAAUAAUCGUUAUCAAGAAAGCAUGCAAAAUGAGAGUGGUUCUCCAAGCCUGAACAUACCAAGAGAGUCAGAGAUGAGAUCUCUAGAUGUACAGGAGCAGACUUUCCUCAGCCCCACUGACAGCUCAUCAGUUCAUUUGUCUUUAAGCCCAGAUCUCAGCCAGGCUUUGGCCACUUGUUCUGACGGAGGACAAUCUGAAGGUCAAGGCCCAACACAGACUACAACGAAUGUCAAAGACCUUGACGACAGUGACACCAUGAAACAGAAGGAAACAGGAGCAGAACAACUGAUGUGGAAGCUGCGUACUCAUCGUGUGAAUGAAAUCCUCCUCAGGUCAGGAAAGGAUUUUUGUCAAUUCACUGUAUGUAAGAGACUUGGCUUAGACUUCAGUGUUGGAUCUGGGGUUAAACAGAAGCUUGAUGCUCAGUCACUGACAAAUUUUGUGUUGCUUGAAGUUUGUAAAUUUGCAGUAGCAAUGAAUUCAUCCCUACAAGAAUUCAUCAUGGAGAUUCUUGAGUACAAUUUUGAUUUGAGAUUCAUCAGUGGACAGCAGAGGCAUGCUUUUGCAUGUGAAACUAUGCAUCGAGUAAGACAGCUGACACAAUGUGAAGAUGAGGUCAAAUUGUCAAAAGAAGCUUUUGAACUUCCUGUUGAUAAUCUUAAAUUAACUAAUCCCAAAUAUCACUACAGCUGCGGUAUGAGUGUUAAUCCUGAAAUAAGCAGUGUUUCUACAAUGGAAAUGAAUGCUGUUGCUCCUGUGCCUCCUACAAAUUGUAAUGCACUUGUUCCACAGCAACAAACGGACCUUUAUCUGCACUGCAUGGAAAUCGGUCUGAAGCUGCAUGUCAAAAAACACCAAACACACAAGAAACUGGAUUUCCAUGUCUUGACCAAAGGAGCGAUGACUGAAGUGACAAACUUUGCAAAAAUGUUAUGUGGAACAUUUGAGCAGAUUAUCAUUGAUGUCCUUGAUCACAACUAUGAUCUUGAUUUGCAAAAUGGAGAAAGUGAUACUGCCAGAUACAUUCUUGCACAAAUUCCUGUUUUGAUGGAUCAUAAGAAUCUAACAACAUUUGUAAAAAACUAUCCAAAAAAAUAUUUCCCACUGCUGAUGAGACCAAAUGAACACAGUGAGCCCACGUCAGAUUCAGGUAGCACAGUUUCUUCACAGACAAAAUCACAGAUCAUUUAA